GCAAAACUACAAAUCCCAGCAUGCACAGACAGCAAACUGCUGUUUGGGCAUGCUGGGAGUUGUAGUUUUUCAACAUCUGGGGGGCUACAGUUUAGAGACCACCGUAUUGUGGUCUAAAACUGUAGACCUCCAGAUGUUUCUAAGCAACUCAACGGCUUCAGAAGUCUGCACCAGGGAGCCAGCCGCACGUCAUCGCCGCCCGCUGCUCCCUCUGGUUCCCCUGCUCUGCCUGGACUACAGUGGAUGGGCAGAGCGGGGGAAUAAAACUUUAACCCCCCCUCCCCCGAUAUGCUAUUGGUCGGUGGCUUCUGACCGAACAAUAGCAGGCAUAGGAGGGGUGGCACCCCUGCCACAUAACUCCUAUCCCUUUAGGGAGACCGGGAGUGUCUUGGACACCCCCGAUCCCCCUUAUUUUCCAGGUUACCGGAGACCUGUAUGACCCUAAAUCACCGCAAAUCGCCGGUGUGAAUUCACCCGCGAUUUGUGGCGAUCACCGACAUGGGGGGGGGGGGUCUCAGGACCCCCCUGGGCAUUGGCACAGGAUGGCUUCUGAUAGAUAUCAGCAGUCAUCCCGGUCCAGUCCCCGCCGGUACAGGUACGCCCUUGGUCCUUAAGUACCAGGGCACAGGGGCGUACCCGUACCCAUUUAUAUAUGGUAUAACCAAAUAAAAUAAUUACACAAAUCUAUUUAAGCUGUCCUGGGCUGUUUAUCAUUACUAUCAAUAUUUUCAUAACCAUAAUAUGUAGUUCAUUUUCUUUUACGUGGCGUGCAUCUGGGAAAACUUCUUCCAUGCGGCGCUUUCCGUGCUCUCAAAGUAGAGGGUUUGGAGGCUGCAGAAGAUGCCUUGGAGAUCAAGGUGCAGGGCUCCACAUGGCUUUCAAGUAAUGCUCCUCAUCGAGUGUAUUGGCUGCCGCCGCGGACGACGGUUUCCAAACCAGGGUUUCGGGCUCCUCGUCAAGUGUGUCGGCUGUCGCCGCCGCAGACCCCGGUUUCAAGACCAGGGUGCCAGGCUCCUCGUCGAGUGUAUCGCCUGCCUACCUAACUACCUCAACCCCUGCUCUCUCCCCCUCCCUUCCAUCUCCAUUGCGGCCGAAAGGCCCCCCGCCAGGCGUCUUCAGGAGAAACCAAGCCCGGACACUGAUGCUGCGAACAAGAGAGGCAUCCGGCACACCAACAAACCAAGCAAGCAAACAGGCUCAGAGGACGCCUUCAGGACAAGGGAGGCCACUUCUUGCGAGCGGCUGGGGACGGAGGAGAUUAUGCCGCAGAGGCGAGAGGGAAUGCUGACUUUCCGAGAGACGCCGCCAGCCGAGGACCGCAAGAGACCUCUCUGGGUCCCCUGGAGCAGUCAAGGGUGGUCGCCGGGGACCCCCUCGCAAGACACCCCUCACAGGGCUGCUCUCUGCCGAAAAAGAGGCCUUCGGGGACACUCGGGAGUGGUUUUGUUUAAGACAAAAUGGCCGACUUGGCGCCGUGCCAAAAGUUGUGGGCGGGGUAGGGGGGAACAGGAAGUCUUUGCUCAUUCGCUCUCCGGGACACGGACGGAGGCACAUCUCUCUCUCUCCCCUGCUUGCAAUAUUUGCCACAAAAACAGGCGAGUCUUUCCCUCCUCUGUACAUCAUCUUACACAUCCCCACCCCGCUAAUGACCCUCUCUCUCCUCAGGGUGACAGCGGCGCCGCCGCCCCUCGGGUGAGCAAUGGCUGUCGCCGUCCCGGUGCUCUUUCUCUACCUAUUUACCUCAUCCCCUUCUCUCUCCCCCUCCCUUCCGUCGCAGGCCGAAAGGCCCACCCGACGGGUGUCCUCCUGAGAAACCCAGCCUGGGCACUGAUGCUGCGAACGAGCAAGGCAGCCGGCACAUGAACACACCAAGCAAACAAACGGGCCCGGAGGACGCCUUUGGAAUUCCGGAGUUCACUUUUGGCCGAGCCACAACUGGCGAGGGGACGGGGGAGAGGAUGCCGCAGAGGGGACACUGCCUUUCCGAUAAUGCCGGUACGGCGCCGGCCGAUGACCACAAGAGACCUUUCUGGGGCCCCUGGAGCGUUCGAUGGGGGUCGCCGGGGACCCCCUCGCUAGCCAACUUUCACAGGGCCGCUCUCUAGACGGUGGUCCCAGCCACUCCCUGACGAAAAUGGGGCCUUCAGGUACCCUCGUGAGGCCUUUCGGCGCUUCGUUUGAGACAAAAUGGCCGACGUGGCGCCAUGUCAAAAGUAGUGAGCGGGGUAGGGGGGGACUGCUGCGGGUCCCGCUCAAAGAGGGGACGAGGUGGGUGAAUCGGUACCUGUGCCAACAUCUCCAUUUUAUCUCACUCUUUACAAACAGGUUGCAAAAUAGGGGAAUUCCAGAAAGACUGACGAGACCCUUGCUACUGCUGUUUGUCUGUUUCUCUUUGCUCAACACUCCCACCCAAACAGUAUCCAGGAAGUCUGUGCUCAUUCACUCUCGGGGACACGGACAGAGGCACAUCUCUCUCUCCCCUGCUUGCAAUAUUCGACACAAAAACAGGCAUGUCUUUCCCUCCUCUGUACACCAUCCUACGCAUACCCAUCCCACCCCGCUAACGACUCUCUCUCUCCUCAGGGCAGCAGCAGCGUCCCUACGGUGGGCAAUGGCCGUCGCCUUCCUGGCGCUCUCUCUCUCUCUAACUACCUACCUCAACCCUUUCUCUCUCCCCCUCCCUUCUGUCUCUGUUGCGGCUGAAAAGCCCACCCGCCGGGCGUCCUCCGGAGAACCCCAGCCUAUGCACUGAUGCUGCGAACAAGAGAGGCAUCCGGCACACGAACAAACCAAGCAAACAAACGGGCUCGGAGGAUGCCUCCGGGACGGUGGAGGCCGCUUACGGCUGAGCCCCCGCCACCAGCGGCGAGCAGUCAGGGAUGGGGAUGUGGGAGAAGAUGCCGCAGAGACGAGAGGGGACGCUGCUUUUCCGAGAGCGCGGGGGGGGGGUGUCGCCGGCCGAGGGACGAUGCCGGCCGAGGACCACGAGAGACCUCUCUGGGGCCCCUGGAGCGGUGGAGGGUGGUCGCCAGGGACCCCCUCGCUAGGCACCCCUCACAGGGCCGCUCUCUGGAUGGUUGUCACGGUCGCUCAUUGCCGAAAACAGGGCCUUCGGGGACCCUCAGGAGGCCUUUUGGGGCUUCGUUUGAGACAAAAUGGCAGACUUGGCGCUGUGCCAAAAGUAGUGGGCGGGGUAGGGGGGACAGCUGCAGAUCUGACCACGGCAAUACCGGGGGCCCCGCUCCGAGCGGGGACGAGGUGGGUGCAUUGGGACCCGUGCCACCAUCUCUAUUUUGUCUCACCUUUCACAAACAGAGUGCAAAAAAGGGGAAUUCCAGAAAGGCUGAUGAGACCUGUCCUGCUGCUUUUUGCCGGUUUCUUUUUGCUCAACACGCCCACCCAAACAGGAUACAGGAAGUCUGUGCUAAUUCACUCUGGGGGACACGGACGGAGGCACAUCUCUCUCUCUUCCCUGAUUGCAAUAUUUGGCACAAAAACAGGCGAACUGAAAAAGGGGUAUUGUAAAGACCGGCACGGUAAACGGGUAUUGUAUAGUCAGCACAUGGUCGCUCUCUGGAGUGUGGCCCCGGCCACUCCCUGACAAAAACAGGGCCUUCGGGGACCCUCGGGAGGCCUUUCGGGGCCUUGUAUGAGACAAGAUGGGGAUGGGGUAGGGGGGACCACUGCGGGUCCGGCCACGGCAAAACCGGGGGCCCCGCUCCGAGCAGGGACGAGGUGGGUGCAUUGGGACCCGUGCCAACAUCUUCACUUUCUUACAAACAGGUUGCAAAAAAGGGGAAUUCCAGAAAGGCUGACGAGAUCUGUGCUGCUGCUAUUUGCCGUUUUCUCUUUGCUCAACACGCCAAACAGGAUCCAGGAAGUCUGUGCUCAUUCACUCUCGGGGACACGGACGGAGGCACAUCUCUUUCCCCUGCUUGCAAUAUUUGGCACAAAAACAGGUGAGUCUUUCCCUCCUCUGUCCUCCAUCCUACGCAUACCCACCCAGCUAACGACCCUCUCUCUCUCUUCUGGACAGCGGCGGCAGCCGUCCCAGCACUCUCUCUACCUACCUACCUCAACCCCUUCUCUCUCCCCCACCCUUCCAUGUCUGUCGCGGCCGAAAGGCCCACCCGCCGCUAUUCCUCCAGAGAACCCCAGCCCGGGCACUGAUGCUGCGAACAAGUGAGGCAGCCGGCACACGAACAAACCAAGCAAGCAAAUGGACUCAGAGGAUGCCUUCGGGACAGUGGAGGCCACUUCCGGCCGAGCCGCCUCCAUCGGCGAGGGGGACGGGGGAGAAGAUGCCGCAGAGGCGAGAGGGGACGCCGCCUUUCAGAGAGCACCGGGCCGGCCGGUGGAUGACCGUGAGAGACCCCGUUGCUAGGCAUUCCUCACAGGGCCGUUCUCUAGAGGGUGGUCCAGGCCACUCCCUGCCAAAAAAGGGGCCUUCGGGGACCCUCGGGAGGCCUUUCGGGGCUUCGUAUGGGACAACUUGGCGCCGUGCCAAAAGUAGUGGGCGGGGUAGGGGGAACCGCUGCGGGUCCGGCAGUGUCGAAUCCGGGGGCCCCGCACCGAGCGUGGACGAGGUGAGUGGAACGGGACCCGUGCCAAUAUCUCCAUUUUGUCUCACUCUUCACAAACAGGUUGCAAAAAAGGGAAAUUCCAGAAAGGCUGAUGAGACCUGUCCUGCUGCUUUUUGCCGGUUUCUCUUUGCUCAACAUGCCCACCCAAACAGGAUCAAGGAAGUCUGAGCUCAUUCACUCUCGGGGACACGGACGGAGACACAUCUCUCUCUCUCCCCUGAUUGCAAUAUUCGGCACAAAAACAGGCAAACUGAUAAAGGGGUAUUGUAAAGAUGGUAAACGGGUAUUGUAAAGUCAGCACAUGGCCGCUCUCUGGAGGGUAGUCCCGGCCGUUCCCUGACGAGAACGGGGCCUUCAGGCACCCUCGAGAGGCCUUUCCGGGCUUCGUUUGAGACAAAAUGGCCGACUUGGCGCCAUACCAAAAGUAGUGGGCGGGGUAGGGUGGACCGCUGCGGGUGGGGUCGCAGCGAAACCGGGGGCCCCGAUCCAAGCGGGGACGAGGUGGGUGCAUCGGGACCCUUGCCAACAUCUCCAUUUUGUCUCACUCUUCACAAGCAGGUUGCAAAAAAGGGGAAAUCCAGAAAGGCUGAGAUGACCUGUGCUGCUGCUAUUUGCCGGUUUCUCUUUGCUCAACAUGCCCACCCAAACAGGAUCCAGGAAGUCUGUGCUCAUUCACUCUCGGGGACACGGACGGAGGCACAUCUCUCUCUCCCCUGCUUGCAAUAUUUGGCACAAAAACAGGCGAGUAUUUCCCUCCUCUGUACACCAUCCUAUGCAUCCCCACCCGGCUAACGACCCUCUCUCCUCAGGGCAGCAGCGGCGGCAGUGAAAGAGAGUUAUAAAACUGAAAGAUAUCUGCUGUGCUGAGUGAAUCUGUGAAGUAAAUCUUGCACAAUGUAUGCAAUCCUUGAACAGCAGGUUGAGGGUUGUGUGAGAUGUGUGCGAGUUGAUCAUUUGGAAGCCCAGAUCCUGGAUCUAGAGGAGCAACUGGCAACAUUGAGAUGCAUUGUCAACUUGGAGAGGAGUCUCCUGUUCACUGAGCAAGUACUCUCUGGGGUAGAGGUGGGGGAGGAUAGUGGGAUGGAGGUGCAGGUCAGUCAGGCAGUUAGCUGGGUUACAGUCAGAAAACGAGGUAGAGGGAAAAGUGUCAGGGAGGCUAGUCCUGAUCUGGCACACCCCAACAAGUUUGCCUGGUUUGGAGAUGAGGGGGAUGCCAUUUCAAAGCUAGCAGUACUGCAGAAAGACACUGCCUCUGACUGCCAGGGGGUGUCUGCUCCAGUAAGGAGGGAGGGAGGAGUGCAGGGCAGGCUAGACAGGUGCUGGUAGUGGGGGACUCAAUUAUUAGGGGGACAGACAGGGCGAUCUGUCACAAAGACCGGGAUCGCCGAACAGUGUGUUGUCUUCCUGGCACUCAAGUUUGGCACAUCGCGGAUGGGGUUGACAGGUUGCUGGCUGGGGCUGGAGAAGACCCAGCGGUCAUGGUACAUAUUGGCACCAAUGACAAAGUAAGAGGUAGGUGGAAUGUCCUUAAAAAUGAUUUCAGGAACUUAGGCCGCAAGCUGAAGGAGAGGACCUCCAAGGUAAUAUUCUCUGAAAUAUUUCCUGUACCAAGAGCCACACCAGAGAGGCAGCGGGAGAUUAGGGAGGUAAACAAGUGGCUUAGAAGAUGGUGGAAGAAGGAGGAGUUUGGGUUCAUGGAGAACUGGGCUGACUUCGCUGUCAGAUACCGGCUCUAUUGUAGGGACGGGCUGCACCUCAAUGGGGAGGGGGCGCUGUGUUCGGGGACAAGAUGGCUAGAAGGGUGGAGGAGUGUUUAAUCAUCUCGACGCCCCUUUCCGCCAUUUUGUCUCAAGCACAGUUGAAACAAAAUGGCGGAAAGGGGCGGGGAGGAGGUGGAACUUAGAAAUCAUCUCCCCACCCCCUUUCCGCCAUUUUGUCUCAAGCACAGUUGAGACAAAAUGGUGGAAAGGGGGGCGGGACUUAAGCGAAGCCUAUUAAAAAUAAAAAUUUUCGCUUAGGUUGAGACAAAAUGGCAGCCUUCAAUAGCAAUACAUAUAAUAUUAUUGAGGUCCACUCACCCACCUAUUUUCCAGCCCAGUUAUGGACUGGGUGCAGGAUGCAGCGUGUUUCGUGUCCCAUGCGUCUUCCACAUUUGGGAGGGGCUGAGCCUGGUAGGCCUGUGCUCCAGAGGACCAAUUAUAGGCUAUUUAGUGUGUAACACCCACUUGAAGCUAAUAAAACCCGAGAUUUAAACACUUUUAGCUCAGAAUCCACUUGUGCCACAAUGCCAGCCAGAAGCAGAGACUGACACCAGCACCCUGCUACCAGCAGCAGGUCCGAGAACAUGCAGAGGCUCAUAGUCAAGCACAGGGAGAAGAGCCGCAGGAGCCCAUCUCCCCACCACAGAAGGAGGGAAGCAGAGGACCCGAGCCGCCACCACCGCCGCAGAUCCCCGCACUAUAGCAGGAGAUCUCCUUCUCCGAGGUGUACGCCGAGCCAAGAUGCAGCUACGGCACACAACCUUUAUUCCCCACCACCUAUAACCCCAGAUAUGGAUCUGCUAUCAAGGUCAGGAGACGGGUCUUCAGGAGACGGGUCUCACCAUCUCCCCAGCGCAUGACGCCGAUGUGCAGAAGGUGCAGAAGAGGCCAAAGCCACCAACGAAUGCCUCCUACAAGGAACAGAAUGCCUCCUACAAGGAACAGAAUGCCUCCUACAAGGAACAGAAUGCCUCCUACAAGGAACAGAAUGCCUUCUACAAGGAACAGAAUGCCUCCUACAAGGAACAAAUCUCCAAGCUGGAAAGGGAAGCAGAGGAGGCCAGAGCCAAGCACGCUAUCAGUCUCUCUUACGCAGAGAACAAUGCUGCCGCCUAAGCACAAAAGCUAACAGCACAAAUAGAGGAACACAAGAAGAAGACUGAGGAACUGCAGAAUGAACUUUUGGAAAAGGCAAAACAUUUCAAAACAAAAAAGACGCCUACACAGAGGCUUGCAAAACUUGUUGUGAAACUGCACGGAGUCAUCUUUGGAAAAGAACUUUGAGCAGCAAUAAAGGUUUUCCAACUGCAGUUCAAAGUCAGAAACAUUGCUUUACUUGAGUGAGAGGCGCAGCACUUCAAACUGCACUAUCUUCCUUUUGAAACUGACUCCGAUAAACACGCAUUGAAUACUUUUUACAAAAUAGGAAAUUACCAAAUUGUACGUACCGAAGAUUACAACCUCUUCUCGCAGAGGAUCCCUCUAUAUUAUCUAAUGACAGAUCAGGAAGGUAAACGCAAUCGUAUGGAAUCCUACGAUUACCGAAAACAAUAAUUCCGUUCCCACUAACAUUUUUGGGAUAUUCUCAACAAUAUCGGCAUCACGAUCAACACCGAGGUGCUUCCUCCAGACACAUGAACUAUGCCCAUCUGUUUACAAGCAGCAGUUCUAAAGCUAAUUGUGUAACUUCAUAUAUAAAUAAUCCUGUAUCGUAGUAGCAAUAAAAUCAUGU